GGUACUUUGGGUUUUGGUCAAAAUUUGUCUUGGGAAGAAAGAAAGGAAGACCCUCGCUAUAAAUAUCCCAGCUGAAGAAGAGGGGUUUUUCACAUUUUACAUUUCUCCAUUGUUAACAGAAUUCAAUUCAGUUAUCAGAUACUGUAAACAUCAGUAGAAAUGCACUUGUAUAACGCUUGGUUGCCGCCGCCGGUGGCAGAAGAGACGAAAAAGGAGAAACAAUCCUUUGCUAAAGUACUGAAAUCAGUUAAAGAAUCGUACAAGUCGGAUGAUCCCGAUUCAGUUUAUGCUACCCUCAAAUGGGUUUCCGUUAUUGACCUCUUCAUAAAAGCAAAAAGCGAACUAUCUCUGGAGGAUGUUACAGAAGUAGUUGAAGUUGGAUUGGAAUUGUUCCGUAUAUCAGAAAAUAAACUUUUUGCUCAGGUUAGAUGGGGAAAUAUCUUGGUAAAGCUACUGAAUAAAUACCGGAAAAAGUUGUCCUUGGAAGUUCAGUGGCGCCCUUUAUAUGAUACUCUGAUUCACACACAUUUCACGAGGAAUACAGGCCCAGAAGGGUGGAGAAUAAGACAGCGACAUUUUGAGACCGUUACUUCUCUUGUACGAUCCUGCCGGAGGUUUUUCCCUCCAGGCUCUGCAUUUGAGAUAUGGUCCGAGUUCAGAUCUUUGCUUGAAAAUCCAUGGCACAAUUCAUCCUUUGAGGGUGCUGGUUUUGUAAGACUGUUCCUUCCUACCAAUAGAGACAACCAGGGUUUCUUUUCUCACACAUGGAUUGUUACGUGUUUAGUCCACUGGGAUUCCGUACCAAAUUCCCAGUUUUGGAACAGCCAGUGGGCAUCUGUUACAGCUCGUGUCAUAAAGAACUAUAGCUUCAUUGACUGGGAACAUUUCUUACCAGAUAUUUUCAAUAAAUAUUUGAAUAUGUUCGAGGUUCCAGUAGCAAAUGGCAGUGGGUCAAAUCCUUUCUCUGUGGAUGUUCCCAGAAACACAAGAUUCUUAUUCUCAAAUAGAACAAUCACUCCAUCAAAAGCCAUUGCUAAAUCUAUAGUUUAUCUAUUAAAACCUGGUGGUUCUGCACAAGAACAUUUGGAGAAAUUGGUCAACCUCUUGGAACAGUAUUACCAUCCUUCUAAUGGUGGUCGCUGGACUUAUUCCUUGGAGCGAUUCUUGUUCCACUUGGUAAAUAUAUUUCAGAAACGCUUGCAAAAUGAGCAACAGAGAAAAGAUGAUGGCGAGCAGUCUGAAAUCUUCCUAGGGCAGUCAGAGAGGGUUGCUUUUGUGAAUUCUAUUCUCAAGUUAAUUGAUCGUGGACAGUAUAGCAAAAAUGAACAUCUUUCUGAAACAGUUGCAGCUGCCACUUCUAUCCUUUCAUAUGUUGAACCAUCUCUGGUUCUUCCCUUUCUAGCAUCUCGCUUUCGUAUGGCCUUAGAGACGAUGACAGCCACUCACCAGUUGAAAAGUGCUGUGACGUCUGUAGCAUAUGCUGGUCGAUCUCUUCUCCUGACUACCUUGUCAGCUUCAUCCAUGGUUGUGGACGUUGUUGAUCCUUCUAAUUCACUUGUUGACCUGAUGAUGAUUUCCUUGUCUAAUGCAUUACUUGGGAUGGAUGCCAAUGACCCACCUAAAACCUUAGCAACAAUGCAACUAAUUGGCUCCUUGUUCUCCAAUAUGGCUAUACUGGAAGAGACUAUGGACCAGUCCUCAAUCAUGCCGGGAUUUCACUUUUCAGAAUGGCUUGACGAGUUCUUGUUCCGCUUAUUUUCGUUACUUCAGAAUUUGGAAGCUAACAGUGUUGUGAAUGAAGGUCUUCAUUCGCAAGCAACUUCAGGAACUUUCCUGGUAGAAGAUGGUCCAUUUUAUUUUUGCAUGCUGGAAAUCCUGCUUGGGAGGCUUUCGGAAUCACUAUUCAAGAAGGCUCUUAAAAAAAUUUCCAAGUUUGUCACAACAAAUAUUCUUCCUGGGGCUAUUGCAGAGGUUGGACUGCUUUGCUGUGCAUGUGUUCACUCUAACCCCGAUGAGGCAAUUUCUCACCUUAUCAAACCCCUGUUGGAGUCUGCUCUAUCAUCCUUAAAAGGAACACCUGUUACAGGAUUUGGUGGAAGAGGAGCUUUUAAAACUUUUGAAGCAAGCAAGGAAAAGCCAAUGGUCUCUCCCGCUCUUGAAACUGCAAUUGAAUAUCAUCUGAAAGUUUUAUCUAUUGCAAUUAGUUAUGGAGGUCCAUCACUUCUUCAUUUCAAAGACGAAUUCAAGGAAGCUAUUUUUUAUGCUUUCGAUUCACCAUCUUGGAAGGUUAAUGGUGCUGGUGAUCAUCUCCUUCGAUCUCUCCUUGGAAAUCUUGUUCUUUACUAUCCCAUCAAUCAGUACAAGUGUGUUUUGCACCAUGCUGCUGCCCCUGCACUGGAGGAAUGGAUCAGCACAAAAGAUUUUACCGAAGAUAAACCCUGGUUACCCCCUAAGUGGCAUGUCCCUUGCUCUGAAGAAAUUCAUUUUGCAAAUGAACUCUUGAAGCUGCAUCUUGAUUCUGCUUUAGAUGACCUUUUGAAAAUAUGCAAAUCCAAAAUCCAUCCUGAUCCAGGCAUAGAGAAAGAACACUUGAAAGUGACCCUUCUACGUAUCGAUUCGUCACUUCAAGGUGUUUUAUCGUGUCUACCUGAUUUCAGACCAUCCUAUAGGAGCGGGAUGGCUGAAGAGCAACCUGACAUUCCUUUCGUAAUUGCUGGAGCGACUGGUUCAUGUGUUGGCACUAUGGAACUGCGAGCAAAGGCUGCUGACAUUAUUCAUGCAACCUGCCAAUACUUCCUGGAGGAAAAAUCAGAUGAUAGCAUUCUAUUGCUGCUUCUGAUUCGUAUAAUUGACUCCUUGGGGAACUACGGGAGUUCAGAAUACGAUGAGUGGUCAAAUCACAGGCAGUCCUGGAAACUAGAAUCCUCUGCCAUAAUAGAACCUCCAGUUAAUUUUAUUGUGUCAUCUCAUUCGAAAGGGAAAAAAAGGCCUAGGUGGGCACUUAUUGACAAAGCAUACAUGCAUAGUACUUGGAGAGCCUCACAAUCAUCAUAUCAUGUCUUCCGGUUGAGUGCAAAUGUAUCUCCUUCAGAUCAUAUCAUUCAUUUGACGGAUGAUCUUCUUAAUCUAUCCUUGCAUAGUUAUGAAACAGUCCGUGGACUUGCUGGAAAAUCUCUCUUGAAGAUGAUGAAGAGAUGGCCCUCUACAAUCUCAAAAUGUGUGCUCAGUCUGAGUCAGAACUUGAAAAAUUCUAGCUCACCAGAAUGUGCAGUCUUAGGUUCCUGUGCAGUCCUUGCAACACAAACUGUUCUUAAAUGUUUAACAACGGAUUUGAAGGCACUUUCUUCCUUCCUGCUUGGAAUUCUGUCAAGCUCUCAUCAUGAAACACUAAAAGCUCAGAAAGCCAUCAAUGAGCUUUUCAUCAAGUACAACAUUCAUUUUUCUGGAGUAUCCAGAAACAUGUUUAAGGCAUCAGGCAAUUCAGAAGGAGCAGAUUUUGGAGUGUUGGUUUCUGAGAUAGGUUCUUUGAGUUUUGAGAGCUCCAACUUGCACUGGCGGUACAAUCUGAUGGCUAACCGAGUACUGCUGCUGUUGGCUAUGGCUUCCAGAAAUGAUCCUAACUCGUCCUCCAAAAUUCUGAGUGAAACUGCUGGUCACUUCUUACAUAGUUUAAAAAGCCAACUACCGCAGACAAGAAUUUUGGCAAUCUCAGCUCUAAAUACUUUGCUGAAAGAAUCACCUUACAAGCUCUCUGAGGACCGACCCAUUUGCUCUACUAACCGGCAGGAUAAAUCCAAGUCUUCUCUCGAAGAAGCUUUAAGUAAUAUAUUCCAGGAAGAGGGUUUUUUCAAUGAAACCCUGAAUAGUCUUUCUCAUGUUCAUAUAAUUGACACUGAUGGUGCUUCUUCUAAAGGAAAUCAUGGAACCUCUUCAUUUCAGAGUGUGGCUGACAAAUCCAUUACUCGUUUUUAUUUUGAAUUUUCUUCAUCAUGGCCCCGUACUCCCAAUUGGAUAUCUUUGUUUGGAAAUGACACUUUCUACUCGAGCUUUGCCCGAAUUUUUAAACGUCUAGUACAGGAAUGUGGUGCUCCUGUUAUACUGGCACUAAAAGAUGCAUUAGCAGACUACAUAAAUGCAAAGGAGAGGACAAAGCAGUGUGUUGCUGCUGAGGCAGUGGCAGGUGUGCUACAUUCUGAUGUUUUCGGUGUUUCAGAAGCAUGGGAUAGCUGGUUGAUGACCCAUUUUCAGAGUAUUAUUCAAGCACCAACAGUUGAGUCCAUACCUGAGUGGGCAGCUUGUAUUCGUUAUGCAGUUACUGGAAAAGGAAAACAUGGAACAAAAAUUCCACUCUUGAGACAAAAGGUCAUGGACUGUUUAAUGAACCCCUUGCCUGAAACAGUCAGUACUACUGUAGUUGCCAAGCGAUACAUGUUUCUUUCAGCUGCACUAAUAGAAGUUUCCCCACCAAAAAUGCCAGUUACUGAACUAGCACUUCACUAUAAGCUUCUUGAAGAAUUGCUUGGCAGUAUGAGCCAUUCAUCUCCACAAGUGAGGGAAUCCAUUGGUGUCACCCUCUCUGUUUUAUGCUCAAACAUUCGGCUCCAGGUGUCCUGCAAUCAAGUUCAUCCACAUGAAGUAGGGACAAGUAAUGUGAACAGGAAAGUUGAAGCAGGGAAUUGGGAUCAUUAUCUAGUAGAACGUGCAUCUGAGCUUGUGGUGAAGAUCCAAAGUUUUAGCCAGUCAGAUACUCUGGAUGUGCAAUCGGACAUAAUUUCUGACAAUGGAGUAUCAACCGAACAGUCUCAUGAUGAUGUUAAAUGGAUGGAGACGCUAUUUCAUUUCAUUAUCUCAUCUCUAAAGUCAGGAAGAUCCUCGGUUCUGCUGGAUGUUGUUGUUGGUCUUUUGUAUCCUGUAAUAUCUCUACAGGAGACGUCAAAUAAGGAUUUGUCGACACUGGCCAAAGUAGCUUUUGAAUUGCUAAAGUGGAGAGUUUAUUCAGAGUCCCAUUUAAGGAAAGUUGUACUCACCAUUCUUUCUAUAGCCAAUGAUACCAAUUGGCGCACAAGAUCUACGACUCUGACCUAUUUGCGGAGUUUCAUGUAUAGGCACACUUUCGUCCUCUCUAAGGUGGACAAACAACAAAUUUGGAAAACUGUUGAGAAGCUACUCACAGAUAAUCAAGUUGAGGUAAGAGAGCAUGCGGCAGCAGUCUUGGCUGGCCUAAUGAAGGGUGGAGAUGAAGAUUUAGCCCAGGAUUUCCGUCACAGAGCUUAUACAGAAGCAAGUAUCAUUCAGAAGAAGAGAAAACAAAGAAGCAUGCGUUCUGGAUUCUCUGUAGCAUCCCUACAUGGACAGAUACUUGCUUUGGCUGCUUGCGUGCUAUCAGUUCCUUAUGAUAUUCCCAGUUGGUUGCCAGAACACGUUACACUGUUGGCUCAAUUUGUUUCUGAAUCAUCACCUGUAAAAUCUACCGUGACAAAAGCUGUGGCAGAAUUUCGACGCACUCAUGCGGACACAUGGAACGUUCAGAAAGAUUCCUUCACUGAAGAUCAACUUGAGGUCCUGGCUGAUACAUCAUCAUCCUCAUCAUACUUUGCCUGACAUUCAUGGUGUGCCUUACAUGAGAGAUAUCAUCAUAUUAUACUAUAAGUGGGAAGAAUGUUAGGCAAAAGUAAUGCCCCAUACAAAUUUUUAUUAACAAUUUUGUUCGUACACAAAAAAAAAAAAAACUUUUAGACAGAAAAUCAUUCAUUUUCUACAUUGAAUUUGAAUGUAGAAAAUUGUUUCAUCUUCCCACAGUUAUUAAAUGUUUGAAUUGCUUAGUUAUCACCAGUAAUUAUUUCAAUUUUAA